GGAACGCAGCAGCUUCCGCCUGCCUAUGUUCAUACGUCAAACUUUUCCGUUCAAGAUGGCAGCAGCAAUGGACGUGGAUACACCGAGCGGUACCAACAGCGCUAGCAAGAAGCGAUUUGAAGUAAAGAAGUGGAAUGCUGUGGCGCUUUGGGCCUGGGACAUUGUGGUGGAUAACUGUGCUAUCUGUAGGAACCACAUUAUGGAUCUCUGCAUAGAGUGCCAGGCCAAUCAAGCUUCUGCAACCUCUGAAGAGUGCACUGUAGCCUGGGGUGUUUGCAAUCAUGCUUUCCAUUUCCACUGCAUUUCUCGCUGGCUGAAGACCAGACAGGUGUGUCCCCUGGACAACAGGGAGUGGGAGUUUCAGAAAUAUGGACACUAACUGGAUUACUGCCCUUUGUCAGCUUCUGCAAGUGGCACCAUCGUUUUUUGUUUUUUUUUUUAUUCCCACCCUCUUAUAAAAGCUGGCUGUUUUAUUCUUAUGUGUUUUUGUUUUGGUAUGUUGUAAGUACAUAAAUAAACAUCAAUCUUGUCCACAAA